GACAUCCGGGGAGGGGGGUAAAAACAUGGAGGACUCCGCUGGCAGUAAUCCCCAAUCUCCCGGUUUCACAGACAAGUUAAAGUCGUGGCUCUCGUGGUCUUGGACAUACGUGUGCUUUGUGUGGUUUGGCAUGGUGCUCAUUAUGAUUUACGUGCUGUGGAGCCCGCUCAAACUGCAGGAGAGCCUCACUUCGGCGUCGCUGUUUUUGAAUACACUGACACCCAAGUUCUACGUUGCGCUCACGGGGACUUCUUCACUCAUCUCUGGACUCAUUCUUAUAUUUGAGUGGUGGUACUUUCGGAAGUACGGCACAUCCUUCAUCGAGCAGGUCUCUGUCAGCCAUCUGCGCCCCCUCCUCGGUGGAGUGGAGAACAGCUCCUCCGCUGGCCUCUUCUCGUCCGUCAAUGGAGACGCAGAGCCGAGGCCUAGUGUGUCAGAGUGCAAAGUCUGGAGGAAUCCUUUAAACCUGUUCCGAGGAGCAGAAUACAACAGGUACACGUGGGUGACGGGAAAAGAACCGCUGACGUACUACGAUAUGAACUUGUCAGCUCAAGACCAUCAGACCUUUUUCACAGGAGACACCCAGCAGUUAAGACCUGAGGACUCAGUGAUGCAGAAGGCCUGGAGGGAAAGAAAUCCUCAAGCCAGGAUUAGAGCAGCUUAUCAGGCCAUAGAGUUAAACCAUGAAUGUGCCGCAGCCUACGUGCUUCUUGCUGAGGAAGAAGCUACCACAAUCACUGAAGCAGAGCGCCUAUUUAAGAAAGCUUUGAGCAUCGCAGGCAAAGAUAUAAACCUGCUGGUUUACAUCAAGCGUAGACUAGCGAUGUGUGCGAGGAAGCUUGGACGCAUUAAAGAAGCUGUGAAAAUGAUGAGAGACUUAAUGAAGGAGUUCCCAUUGUUAGGGAUGUUAAAUAUACACGAAAACCUCCUUGAGGCGCUCUUAGAGCUGCAGGCAUACGCCGAUGUCCAGGCUGUCCUCGCCAAAUAUGACGAUAUAAGCCUCCCAAAAUCAGCCACUAUAUGCUACACGUCUGCAUUGCUGAAAGCGCGGGCCGUGUCUGAUAAGUUCUCUCCAGAAGCAGCAUCGCGGCGGGGGCUCAGCACUGCAGAGAUGAACGCCGUGGAGGCCAUUCAUAGAGCUGUGGAGUUUAAUCCUCACGUACCCAAGUACUUAUUAGAGAUGAAGAGCCUCAUCCUGCCACCAGAGCACAUCCUGAAGAGGGGUGACAGUGAAGCGGUGGCUUACGCUUUCUUCCAUCUGCAGCACUGGAAGAGGGCUGAAGGUGCCUUAAACCUACUCCACUGCACAUGGGAGGGAACCUUUCGAAUAAUUCCUUACCCACUGGAGAAGGGUCACCUGUUCUACCCUUACCCAGGAUGCACAGAAACGGCAGAUCGGGAGCUGUUACCAACAUUCCACGAGGUGUCGGUGUACCCAAAGAAAGAGCUACCUUUCUUUAUCCUCUUCACAGCGGGCCUUUGCUCUUUUACCGCCAUGCUGGCCAUGCUCACACAUCAGUUCCCGGAGCUAAUGGGUGUCUUCGCCAAAGCACUUCCCUCCCUUUCCAGUUCUUCAGCACACUCUUCGCGCCACUGGGCUUCUUCGCAGACAAGAUGGAAAGCUUCAUGCCGUCUAGUUUUUGGCACCAACUGACUCGGAUCUGACCACAAUAGACACAUAGACACAAAUACACUGGGGAAAAAAAAUUUGCUCUCCUGUCCUCAGCAUUACUGUCUACUUGUUUCUUUGUUACUGAUUACAUUGGCCCAGGUCGUAUCAACAUUGCAGUCAGUACCACUCUUAAGCUAGCCCUUCCAGCUGUCUGCAUUGUGUCUAAGAUUUCAAAAAUUACAUUUAUUUGUCACGAAGGGAAUUUGAAAUGGUUCACACCAUUUAUGAGCUGUGCAAUAAAAAUGUGUUAUACAUUAUAUUAUGUUUAACCACAAAGAGCUAUUAUAUAUUUUUCACAGCACUUAUGGGCUCGUCCUCAAAAAGGGUAAAGACUAGUAGGAUAUUGACAUUAAUAUUGCAGCAAAUAGAUUUUGAUGUAAUUUAACAAGAGGAAACUAUUCGGUAAGGUUGAUGAACUGAAAUACAAAUUACCAUAUUUGUGACCUGGCAUAACAAAAUGAGUCAUAGAGGUUCCAAAUUGAGAUAAAGGGCACAAAAUCUUGCCAAUCCGAAGGCACUGUCACCAAUGGCCAUGCCAUGUUGCAGAGGCGGGUCAGCCAAGACAACCUCACAACAUCCAGAGCCUUUCGGAACUCUGGGUGGAUCUCAUCCAUCCCUGGGGCCUUGGCAUAGUGGAGCUUUUUAACCACCACACUGAAUUCUCCAGACUUAAGGCGAUCUUCCCUCAGUGUCCCCGAACUCUGCUUCCUCAUGGGAAGUUGAGGAGGUCUUCGGAGUCUAAAUCAUGUAAAUACUGGUAGUUGUGAUCCAAAAUUAGGCAGGGAUAUAAGGAUUUUCCAUAUUAUGUUCCCAUUAAUUCAAACAUUAACUUGUUGUCAUCUGACAAUGCCAGCCUCUGAUUGGUUUAUCUUGGUGUACUUAAUAUACUAUCCUCUAAUUCAGGGGUACUCCAAAGGGUCCUCAAGGGCAGCUGUGGGUCCUGGUUUUUGUUCCUACAAAUAGAGCACAGACAGUUUAACGAAUGAAGUUUCUGCUAAAACAAGCAGCUCCAUGCUGCAAUGAACUGAUUACACUUGUAAGACACCAGAUUGGUGAAAAGGUGUCGUCUUGUUUUGUUGGAAUAAAAAUCCAGCACCCACUGCGGCCCUAUGUGGAAUAGUUUGGACACCCCUGCUCUAAUUGGUCCUAUGAAUAAAAAGUUGCCGACAGUCUGAAUCAGCUGUUGACUUACAGUUUUUAAGAUGCUGCAAUUGCACGGCAGUGGAUUGAAGUUUUAAUGUAAUAGAUAAGAUAAUAAACGUGAAGCUAGCAACUAGAAGGAAUCACAGAAUGAUAAUAAUUAGCAUAGAUGAACUUGAAAAUGACGCUGGCAAUAGUAAAAUUAAUGGGAAUUAAUUGUUCAACCAUUGUUCAGGACAUUAAUCAGGAAAUAACUCUUGGUUGUUAAAAUUCGAUUGCACUUUCUGAUGGCUUUUACAAGUGAAAUGAAAUGUAAGUCACUAUUUUAAAGCUAAAAUGUACAAUAAAUUGUUCCUCUGUAUGUCCUGAGUACCUGUGCUAAAUUUGAUGAUUGUUUAGUAGGCCUGAUCGAUAUUGGAAAAAACUUUCAUUGCUAUUUUUUAGGGGUGUUUGCGAUAUAUUGCAAUAUUAUAUUGCAAUAUUAAAACUAGAAGAAUUUUCACCAGAUAACUUGCAUAGCUGUGUUUGGGAUAGGCCUAAACAAUAUUGGAAAAAAUUUAAAACUGCCAUUUACAUUGCCAAGGCCCCACACUUACUUUUUGCAUUGGUUGCACUGGUGCGCCUAACUUUUUUCUUAAGGUGCACCAGCAGAAAUUGUAUGCGCAACCACAUUUUUCAUUGCACCACCUUUAACGCCAUACUUUUAAUCACUCUCCGUAACAUUCAUAUAAUUCAUUCAUCUUCUGAACUGCUUAUCCUAACUAGAAACUGCAAUUUCUGGACAAAUUACUCUGGGUCUUUGCUGUGUGGAGAUACAGAUCAUGGCCCUCGAUGGCAUUAAACAAAAUAAAUGCCAUUGAAAAUGAAUAGGAAAUUUGGACGUCCAUGAACGUCAAUGGCAUUGAUUUACCUAUGCGUCAAUGGAAUCAAAGUACAUUGGCAUCAAAAGAAUCUACAUACAUGGUCGUCAAUGGCAUCAAUGCAAUGUAAAUUCAAUUUGAAAUUACAUUGGAAGUGAAUGGGAAAUUUGAACGUUGCAUCCCAUUAAAAAUGAAUCGUAAACUUUUUUCCAAAUUCUAUAUACAGCUUUUAUGCCUCUCACCGUCCCGGAAUUUUUGAUGCCCAAAUUAUGUAAUUUGAUCAAAAAUUGUAGGAAUCUUAACAAGAGUCGCGGGGUGCUGGAGCCUAUCACACCGUACUUCAGGCAGAAGGUGGGGUACACCCUUAUCAGGUUGCCAGCCAGUCGCAGGGCACAAAUAGACACACAACCAUUCACGCACACCUACGGAAAAUUUGGUGUGUUCAAUCAGCAUACCAUGCACGUUUUUUUGAGAUGUGGCAGGAACCGGAGAACACCCACACAGGCACGGGAAUAACAUGCAAACUCCACACAGGAAUGCCGGAGCCAGGAUCGAAUCCACGAUCCUACCGUGUCCCCUUCAUAAUGUGAAUUAUUUUUAAACCAGAAUAACGUAGAAAAAAGGUUGUCUUUAAUAAAUGCUUCUUUAAGGGAGUCCACUCAGAUUCACUCACACUUUGACGCCCACGCUGCCUAGAACAGCCUCUCACUUAAACAAUGUAUGAAUUUGCAUAGCACACUUCAGACCGGGCCUCCGCUAUUCUGUGUAACAAGUUUAGCAAUGAUUAGUACAUUUGUGCCUUUGAUUGUAGAACUACAGAGUCUUCUCUGGCCAUAUCAAAGCUACAAACCUGUCAAUCAUCGUUAACUUUGAGUACAAACGCUAGCUGCACUGGGGACCAAGAAAAACAGUUUGGUCGCACUGCUUAGCAGGAGGAAGAGUAAGAGGCUGUAGCGUGUACGAGCAUGCAGCAGAAAACUUUGUGUGUUCAAAAACUAUUUGUAUAUAUGGUGCGUCCUUGUGAUGCGAUCAUUGCGCAACUGCACAUCGCGACGACAAUGUUCAAAUGAUAUAUCAUUCAGGCCUAUUAUUUAGGCUGACUAACGUGAUGGUUGCUAUGGAUAAGCAAAGAGUUGUUUAAACAUACAGUGAUACCUCUACUUUCGAAUGUCUCUACAUACAGAAUUUUCAGAUUAAGACUGCUUCAACGGGCAAAUAUUGCCUCUUGAUACAAAAGAAAUUUCAGGAUACGAAAGGCAAAAAUAUAGUAUGGCUGGUACUCGCAGCUUCCAGAGUUUUCUGAACAUAACAUACUUAUAGUUGCUCUGCCAUUGGCUAUUGCCUAGCGUUCCUGGCAUCCAGUUGGCUAAGAGGGACCUAUUCUGUAUGUGUAUGUGUAUAACCCAGCAUCCUCUUCAUUUGCCAAUCGUUUUCCGACAGCUUUACUUCGAUGUAUUGACUUUAUUUCUUUAUUCUUGGUUUUUUACAUCGUGCACAACUCUGAUUUUAUGUUUAUUUUUGCAAUAAUCUAAUUGCAACAUGUAUUUGUUAUGUGUUUUGAAGCAUUUUAUGCAUUAUAAAAGAUUAAUGUCUGAAUUUUGGGGGGCUUGGAACUGAUUCGAGCAUUUACAUGGAAAACACAUCCCUACUUACAGAAUUUUCAAGUUACGAUACUUCUAGAACAAAUUUCGUAAGUAGAGGUACCAGUGUAAAUAUAAGUACCAUUUUCUGAGUUUGUUUUCUCCAAAUUUUGGUAAUCCAAGACACAUGGACAACGAAAAUUCAAGUUGUAAUUUUUUGAAGAUGAAUUGUGGCAAAAUGGUUGGUCAUUGGAAAGCUGAGAUUAUUCUCUUUUUGAUCAUAGCAAAACCUGAGUUUUGAAAAAUGAGUCACUGUGACACAUUUUGCUGUGCCAGGUCACAUUUCUUUUAAAAAUGUCCAAAUUGGUCAUCAUCCACAAAGAAGGUGACUUAUGCUUGAGACCCAGGUUCAUCAGUGGGUGCCAUUUGAGCCAUUGCCCCAAAAUCGGUUUCAGUCUUUCCACGUUCAAAGCAAUUCACCUCAAAUAUGAAUAAUGCAUUUUGCCAAUUACUUUUGGAGAAGUUUUUUCAUUUUUAAAUGGUUUGAUGAAGCCAAAUUUGAGAGAAGUUCUAACUCAAUUGAUUCAUGUCCUAUAUAGUGCCUCCCUUUAUUACAAUACCAGUCACAAUAGUAAUAUGAGAAAGUGUGUCGAGACUUAUGACAGCACUUACAUUUGCAGAAGGUAGUAUACCCAAUGCGUCCAAGAAUGUUUGGUAACAUCAUUUCAUAGCUGGUUACAAUCAAAAGUGGUAAAAGUGCCUUUUUAAUGUCAUUCUUAACAUAGCGUCGGCUCAUCAAUGAAGGACAUUGUACAACAUUGCACUGGUAUUGUUGUUGAUUGGUAAAAAAAACGAGGCCCACAUGUCAAAUCAUGCUCAUGAAAUGAGACAAAGCCGAAAUGUACAAGUACUACAUGCUGGAGACAAGAGACUAUUCUCAUGUUUGAAAAGCGCUUGAAACAAAACUUAUAAUAAAAUGACUCCUGUGAAAGUCGAUUAUUUGUUUUGGGCUGUGUUUUUAUUAUCCUUUUGUUAUUCUGGGCUUCCUUUUGUUUUUCAUCCACAUUACGCCAUAUUUGUCUGUCAGUAAGAAAAGUCAAAUUUCUCCUACAGGACAUUCAGUUGCAUUUUAGGACAUCCCGUUCGCCUUGUGCCUCAGUUGCCACUAGCACAUCCUCAUACUUGUGAUUAAAACAUUUCAAAACCAUCAGUGCAUGCUUUUGGGCCGAUUUAUCAUUGCCAGUGGGUGCACUCGUGCCUGUGAGUGCCGUCUGAGAGGGCUCAACUCAAGUGUUAAUGCUUGUUGCCAAAGUGUGUGAAAUCUGCAUCCCUGUUUAAAAGCUACAAAAAAUCCUAAGAACAACCUGUUGAUAAUAUGUAUAUUGAGACGUAAAAUUGUCCCUGGUAUGUCCUUCUUUUCAACUCUACCUGUUCUAAAAUUUAGCAAAAUAUCCCAGUGUGUCACAAAAAACAGUAUAACGACAAGUUCUGAAUUAUGAUGACAAAAACUAAAAUCUCAGAAGAAAAUAUUUUGCUUUUUGCGUAAUACAUACUUCUGCUAUAUGAUAAUCCCUGCUUCACAAAUUUCAUAUAGAAGGCAUACACAAACCAAAUUGUACUGUAGCUAGAAGGUUGUUUGAAAGCCACGCUGUCUCACAUACACACAUGUUCACUCACACCAGGAUCACCUCCAAGACUAUUAUCUCAAUAUCACCUCUGCGGUGUCUGCUUAAUUUGAACUCCCUAAUUAUGCAUGUGAACACAUCAUGAUUGUGUGUCUGUUUCCAUUUAUUCCACGUCACCCAUGUCAUGAAUAAUUACUCCAUAUCAUUACCAUCACUCACGACAAUAGCCACAUUAAAGCUCAAAUGCAUGUCUUAAUUAGUGCUAGGUCAUAUGGAUUGCAUGUACUUACAAGAAUAACAAGUUGUUUGCCAACAGAUGUCAUAUUCUUCCAUCUACUAUAUAUGCUCUCCUUUGUUGUAUAUACUGUAUUGUUGCUAGUUAGUGUAUAGAUAUUUAUCAUGAGAAUUGUAUUUGAGGCUCCUCAGACAUGCUCAUUUGAGGGUUUAUUGUAAAAAUGACACAGAGCUAAAUCACCUUUCAUUUUAGUUAGCAUUUGCUUAGUAUGUAGAAAUAUUCCAGAUGCUAAUUUUUAAAUUCUGCCGGGAUCAUCUUUGGUUUUGUUAAACUUUCAGACACCCAUGACAUCACUCAUGGUAAUGACUUAAAUCAUUGUGUGCAAGAGAAGAGACAGUUUUAUUUGUUUUACUGCUUUACCAGUAAAUAUACAGCGCUUUAAUUUGAGCAAAACUUUUUAAAGAUAAGAACGUACUAUUUGGAAGGCCACCAACAUUUUGAUGAAUAACAUGCCUUCAAAUGUUGCAUAAAAAUCAUCUUUGGUGAUCUAGGAGAAUAAUGUCACUUUGCAUAUGUUUGUGUGUGUGUGUCGUUUAAUAGUUUGUAUUUUUGUGACAUCACCUAAAAUGGAGGACAGAUAAUCCGUCAUGGUUUCAAGAAUGUUUUGUUUCUAUACUAUAUCAACUAGGGGUGUACCGGUACACAAAAAUCUCGGUUCGGUACAUACCUCGGUUUUGAAGUCAUGGUUUGGUUCAUUAUCGGUACAGUAAGAAAACCAAAUGCAAAAUGUAAAUGUGCUAGUUGUUUAUUACACACUUUUGUGCUUUCAACAAAAGGAACAUUAGCCUAUACAAAGCUAGAAUUCUACUCAAAAAGUAGUGGGUAUUUAAAGGUAAUCCGACAACAGUUUGCCUUUCAGACCCCGCUUAUUGGUCAGCUUUCUUUCUGAAAGAAAGAAGAAAAAAAAGUCCUGUGCUAAAGAGAAUAGCAAUCCCAAUGACAAUGAUUUUAACAUGUAUUUUACAAAUGAACUGCCUCAAUGAAUUUUUUUUUUUUCUUAUGACCGGUUUUCAAAAACUUUAUUGGUGGAUUUUCUCAAAUUAAAGCGAAACACAGAAAUUAAUAAAUUUAAUAACCAGAUCCUGCUUACACAAUUAUUCAUAUUAUUUAAUUACAGGUGUUUUAGCUCAUUUCAAUUUAUUUUAUUUAAAUGGGCUAUUAUUUAUUUUUUUAUGUGUGUAUAUUUUACAAAUGUGAUGUAGUAUUCAUUUAUAUUGUAUAUUUUAUGUUGUAUAACUUUAAUUCCUAUGUGAAUAUUAGUUCUUGUUUUGUUGUGGUAGGAGGGUUUUGUAUUGAACACGGGGCCGUGUUGGUUAUAAUUAUAGCAGAGAAGACAGCAGAAAAUCAACAAAGACUAGUCAACUGUGCCCUGAUCUACCACUCAAGAGAGCUGAUGGACUCAAAAAGUGGGUUACGAUAGCAUAUUAGUUUGAAAAUCGACCAGAUACACCGUAUUUUUACACGAGUGACUUCCGGUCUGCCCAAUCCUGGCUACCGGUAGUAGUAUUGACGCAGGAGGGUCGCGUCUCGCGUCAAAUAAUAAACUCUGCCGUUCUUUUCGCGUGCAUCGUGUUGAGCCGCUUCUGGGACGUGUCUAAUACGCGGCCGCACUGCGACUGGUGUGCAUUGGCUGAUUGACUUUAACGCCCGCGUUUAACUGCGUUCUCACGGCGGCCACGUUGUCGUGCCGUUGACGUUUUUGUGUUAUACUGUCCUACCGUGUUGGUCCUCAAUAUACUAGAGAAGAGGGAGUAAAUAUUAUCUACACAAAGAAACUGUUACCCAAUCGACUCACAGCCUCGAAUAGUAAGGGUUACAAUACGUCAGAAAUUCGUUCGAUACGCCUCCGUUCCGAACCGAGCACCACGUACCGAAACGGUUCAAUACAAAUACAUGUACCGUUACACCCUUAAUAUCAACAAACAAAAUGGAAAUACCAUUUGCUGCAAAUACUCUUUCAACGAAGAAAUACCACUUUUGCCGUGGAAACACAAACUUCGCUUUGUACAUACGCUUUUGUCCUGACAGCUCAGUUUACAUUGCAGUUAGCUGAACAGCACCAGCCACGUCAAUUGUUGCCUCGCUUAUCCUGAAUAAUAUGAGUAAGUACAUAUUUUGUUUGUUAUUUUGAGCAAUGGUUUACAUGUUUUUAGACGUGCAUGACAUGCAUUAAAAACAAGUCUCAAGGUGCAAGUCAUUCAGUUGACUUUGUCACUCUGUUGCUAUGCGGUGACCGUCGGCCAUGUCGCUGGAAAGCCACCUGAUACUGAACCCACUGAACUUAUUUAGCUCUUCCCGACCUACUGUAAGGUGCUCACAUUGUCUCCAUCACAUUCAUGGCAUGUGGUAGCUGAGUCAGAGGGAGGGGGCAGAUGCUCUCAAUAGGAGUGACACAAGAUGGAUCAACAAGGUUUAAUAUAGACGCAGAAAGGUCUGCAUUGCCGAGGUGAAAAUAUCUCUCCGGAUGGCGACCAGGCCAUCAAAAUGCUGCGAGCCAGUGUCACACCAUUACAAUAUGAACAUCAGAAUUCUUGGAAUGCACUGCAAGCUUUUAGGUUGAAGCCUUGUGCAAUUUAGAAAUUCAGGGGGGAGAAUGUUCAUUCAUGAUGUCAAAUGAGACGACAUGUUGUGCAAGUCUGAGACUUUAGGUGGUGCCAGUUCAUGUAGACUUCAGAUGUCGCAUGAAGUGGCUUGAGAUCUUCACUCAGCCUAACUUUCAAGCUAUGGAUGUAGGAAUGUAGGGUUGUAGGAGGUAUAUGUGAAUUAG